AUGUCACUAGAUUUAAGGUACAAUGGGUGGAGACCACCCACAGAAGAAUGGAAAAAAUGGGUCAAAAAGUUACAACCACAAUUUGAGUAUUUAUGGGUACAAACUGGAAUUGACAAUGCAAUUAAGGCUUCAACGUAUGAAGUUAAAAGGGAUGACGAGUUGAUUCUGGAACUUGCUAAGAGAUGGUGUUCCAAGACAAAUACAUUUGUUUUCCCUUGGGGAGAAUCAACGUUAACAUUGGAAGACACAAAUAUUUGUUUUGGUUAUUCUCUUUUGGGUUGUUGUGUUUCUAACCCUCUCAUGAACAGUGAGCAAGUAAAAGAAGAACAAGAAUUAAUGGAAGCAAGAAGAACGUUUAAUAGUUCUAAAGCUAAAAAAGUGAAUCAAAGGGCAUGGAUGAUGUAUUUUAUGGAGACUGAAAGUAGCAAAGUGGAGCAUGAAGCUUUUCUGGUUUAUUGGUUGUCGAGGUUUGUUUUUCCUGCAGAUUCUUGUAAUACUAUUUCGAAAAGUGUUAUUCCUAUUGCAAUACAUUUAGCUCAUGGAAAUAGAAUAGCUCUUGCACCUGCUGUUUUAGCUAGUAUUUAUAGGGACUUGAGUUUACUUAAUAGCAUCAUUACAAAAAAUGCAACAACAAGCAUGACGAGUUUAAGAGUAACUAUUUGGGCUCCUUUUCAAUUGGUUCAAAUAUGGGCUUUAGAGAGGUUUUUAGCUCUUAAUCCACGCCGUUAUACAAACGGACAUGGUUUACCAAAGGUGGCUAGAUGGGAUGGAGUUAAAGUAUUGGAAAAUAACAACUUGAAAAAAGACUUGGAUAUUGCAGGAUUUGGAAAUGGUUUUGUGUGGCAACCAUACGAGAAUUCACCAUCGGUUGAGGUUUAUAAUGAAAGAGAUAUGUGGAAAUGUUAUAAUCCUUGUUUAGAUGAAGAGUUACUGUCGUUUGCGCAGUGUUUGAGGGCAUGUGAGUUGGUUGGUAUCGGAUGUAGAGAGAAAUAUUUACCACAUCGUGUCGCUAUGCAAUUUGGUGUGGAUCAAGACAUUUCUGAUAAUGUUGCCUCCAGAUACUAUGAUUGGUGGAAGCAAUUGAAAUCAAGCGAGGAAAGAGAUAACAAGGGAGUAAAGUUUGAGAAAGAUCAAAUGGAAUGUUCGGAUGAUGAAGUAAGUUAA